AAUGAACUUAUCGAAGGGGCCAUUGGUGAACAGCAGCAGUGAAGAUAACUCCAAGUCAACUUAUAGUAAAUGCGGCGCUGGCGCCUGGAGGAUGCACCAGAGCUACGAUCCACUAGAGGCCAACCACAUGAGAGACGCACAUGCCCUCUACAACCCCAGGCUUCUCUGCAGAAUGUCCAGUAAGGAGCGCCACCUUGAGUCCAACUGUCCGUCCUCUUAUAUAAAGACUGAGCCGUCUAGUCCUGCAUCCCUGACUGACAGUCUAAACCAUCACUCCCCUGGUGGCUCCAGUGACGCCUCAGGUUCCUAUUCGUCCACAAUGAACGGCCACCCCAACGGCUUAGACUCCCCAAGCCUUUACGGCUCCAACGCCGGGCCCCUGGGACCUGCUGGCGGCCCCGGUUCAAAGCGUUAUGAGGACUGUUCAUCAACUAUUGGGGAAGAUUCACAGAUUAAGUGCGAGUACAUGUUGAAUUCGAUGCCCAAGAGGCUGUGUCUGGUCUGCGGGGACAUUGCAUCAGGGUACCACUAUGGAGUGGCAUCCUGUGAGGCCUGCAAGGCCUUCUUCAAACGCACCAUCCAAGGCAACAUUGAGUACAGCUGUCCAGCCACCAACGAGUGUGAGAUCACCAAGAGGAGACGCAAGUCGUGCCAGGCCUGCCGCUUCAUGAAGUGUCUGACUGUGGGCAUGCUGAGGGAGGGUGUUCGUCUGGACAGGGUUCGUGGUGGGAGACAGAAGUAUAAACGCCGGAUAGAUGCGGACAACAGUCCAUACCUGAACCCACAGCUGGCUUUACCUCCCAAGAAGCCAUUUGCCUUUGGCUGCCUUGCAGAUAACAAAAUCGUCUCUCACCUGCUGGUGGCCGAGCCAGAGAAGAUUUACGCCAUGCCUGACCCAACAGUACCAGACAGCGACAUCAAGGCCCUGACUACGCUGUGUGACCUGGCGGACAGAGAGCUGGUGGUCAACAUCGGCUGGGCCAAACAUAUCCCAGGUUUCUCUACGCUGUCUUUGGCAGACCAGAUGAGUCUACUGCAGAGUGCAUGGAUGGAGAUCUUGAUCCUACGUGUUGUCUACCGCUCACUGUCCUUUGAAGAUAAGUUGGUGUAUGCUGAGGACUACAUAAUGGACGAGGACCAGUCGAAGCUAGCUGGACUUCUUGACCUGAACAAUGCAAUCCUUCAGCUGGUCAAGAAAUACAAAACUAUGAAACUAGAGAAGGAGGAAUUUGUCACUCUCAAGGCUAUUGCUUUGGCUAACUCAGACUCAAUGCACAUUGAAGAUGUGGAUGCAGUGCAGAAGCUCCAAGAUGUGCUCCACGAGGCCCUGCAGGACUACGAGGCUGCCCAGCACCAGGAGGAUCCCCGCCGGGCGGGCAAGCUGCUCAUGACCCUCCCCUUGCUCCGUCAGACCUCCACCAAGGCUGUGCAGCACUUCUACAGCAUCAAGCAGGACGGCAAAGUCCCAAUGCACAAACUCUUCCUGGAGCUGCUGGAAGCCAAGGUCUGAGGACGGGGGAAUUGAUAGAAGGACAGCUAGACACCGCUCUGAACCACUUGAGCUUCAACUCAAACUCUCACUUUGAAUGACCUCUUGCUCUUUUACACACACACACUCUUACACACACGCACACACAGAAAUAUGUCCCUGAAGUAUGUCUGCUGACACAUCCCCAUAUGAAUAAGCAAGUAACCUAAACCUCUUACCUGAACCCUAAACCUCCACCGUCUUUGACAAAAGGGUGCUCACUUGACCUUUUGUUUUGGGGAAGAUGCUGAUAGACUGACAUGACCCCCCUAUUACAAAGGGAAGAUGAUAUUUCCUUUUCAAACUAUUAACAAUCACCUAACUGUUACCACAGUGGUCCGAACACUGACGAUGGCAAAACUCUUACGCAUUUAAUAACGAUUAAGGUGUUAUUAAUGACAAACGCUUAAAUGAGGACACAUUUAAAAGAAACUGAAAACUCUUCAUUUUAGUCCUGAGAGACUGUAAGACUGCACUCGUGUCUCCUUUUCCCUCCCUAUUUCCCCCAACAGAGAUUUUUUAAGUGUUCAAGAAGAAAACGAGUGGAGAAAAAAAUGAACACUAAAGAAGUAUUAAUGACAUCUGUUGACAAAUUACAUGUACUAUGAAAUUUGGAUGGAUGGACAGAAAGAAAAGAAGAGGAGAUUUGCCCUGCCAAAGAAUGGAGCUCAUCCAUUCAGAGGAUGCCAGCAAACUUUACUGUCAUAACCCAAAACUGUUUCUGGUUUGAUCUACCAGUGGUUUUCAAUGCUGGGCCUCAAGAGUACUGCUGGUUUUCUGUUAUUUAAAUUCAUUUGUGGUGAUUAUGAAAACCAGCAGGGCUCAAGAGUACAAGUACCUGGAUUGGAAAGCACUGCUGUAAACACUUUCUGGUUCUCCCUAAAUUCAGCUCCUGGUUUCCCAUGACUCCCCGACUUCAAUUACAACUUUACUAUUUGUUGCAUUUAUUGAGGAUCAGUGACCAUGGCCUCCCAAACCUGUCAGUAUUACCAUAGCAUUAGUGUUUGCACACUUGAUGUGGCUGAAAAUGCUUUCAAAUAUUCAAAGUACUUGAGAUGUGAUUGAUUGACAGAGUUUAUAAGUAAAAUUUGACUCUAAUAAGACUUGAUAUAUCAAGAAUGGUUCCUGCUUGGCCAGCUGGUAGAUGUAAGCUCAGUCCACAGUCUCCGUGACGCUACUUAUCCUGUCAAACAUUCGGCUUGUGAUUGGACAUCUGUUUGAAACAUUUCCAGCCGCUUAGUGGCCAGGUUUGUUGCUCUCCACACACAAGUCAGUAGACGUUUCAGUCUGUCAAUGUGCCAUUAUGGAUAGUCCAGCCCCGCUCAAUAACCCAAACUCCCAAAACUGCAAAGUGUCACGUCAGUACUACCCUCCUUGCGUCGUUGCAUUCACAAAUUCCAGCUCAUCUCUUGCGUCAGUACAGAGAUGUUUUUGUGAUUCAUUGAGGGAUGAUGAGGGAGCUUCAGUCACUCAACGCAAUACAAACCAGAAGGAAAGGUGUGCUGACAAAACUGACUGAAGAACAACUAUUGUUGCUUUCAAACUCCUUAUUUUAUUCUUGAUUUCUAUCUUGAAAAUAAUCUUAGCAAUGAUACCAGUAUUAGGGUUGUAAAUAACUGUCAUCCUGUAUAUGACAUAUAACACGGCUUUGUUUUUGUUAUUAAUAUUGUCUUCUUAAAACUGAAUCAAUCAAUAUGUCUUUCCUUUUUUCUAUCAGCUUGACCACUUUCAGCGAUUAUCAUAUAUAUAUAAAUAUAACAAGUAAUAAUGUAUUAACAAAUCAGCGUUUAUCUUAGAAAACUCUGAGCAAUAGUGGUUUUUAAAGGAGGGGUUUGUGCAUAUGGACUAAGUCUGCAAUAUUAACAUUAAUGUGCCAGUCUUAAAUUUGGGAGAGAGAGAGAGGAUGGGGAUUUGAGGAGAGUUUGUAGCUUCUCCUUCUCUCUGUGUAACUUGCCAUAAGCUAUUAGAUAACAGUCAAUAUUUCCUUUGUUAUAGACAAUUAGGCAGGAACCAAUAUGGACCAGAAAUGUGAGGAUGAGAUAUUAAUGUCACAUAAAAGCUGUGUGAAGAAUGGUUGUUGUGAGGGUUGAAGAUGUAACACAAGCAGCUAAAAACUAAAAGAUCCAACUUACAGUUUGCAAUUAUCACAUGAUUCUGAUGUUUGCACCAUUCUUGUGACCAGGCUCUUUUUGCUGGCACAGGAGAGAGUUCUUUGUUUAAAAUCCACUGUUUAAUCCACAGUUUUUGUGCUUGAGGUGUAUGUUUUUUCAGCCGUGUGGUCGAGUGCGGGGACCAUCAGAAUAACCUGAAUUAAUCUGGAUCUGUGCUGAGGGAAAUGGUACUAAAUGCAAAAACAAAACAUCCCCAUAAAAAAAGCACAACACUGACAGUUUCACGCUAGCUCACUCUUCCACCUCUUGUUAUCAAUUUUAAAGGAAAUGGUUGUAAUGGUAAAAAUGAACAGCGCUUCCAAUAAAAAUAAUAAAAUCUAAAUUGAUAAAAAUGUAUAACCAUUACAAGAUGUUUUUCUAAUAUUCAUGCCUUUGUUUUGUAGUUUCUGUCUACCAAUUUGUGUUGUACUUAAAAUCUACAAUGAAACCUGCAUUUUAAGUGGACAUACAGAGGUCUCAUCAAAUAGCAGUUUUGAAAAUAUACCUAAAUUAAUUAAACCCAUAACCACAAGGACUUUACGUGCUGAUUUUGUUGUAGUGACAACAUCUAAAAGUUGCCUGUUUAAUUAAAUUGGAGUGUUUCGGGGCAAGAAAUGGAAAGCUGAGCUUACAGGAACCUGUCUGACAUCUUACAGUCAAGUGAAGGAACAUUCAUUUCAUUGUUAUAGCAAAAUUGCAUACUGUACAGUUGAACGAUCACAGCUUUAACAGGUGAAGGCAGUCGAGGGAUUUUUUUAUAUCAUUGUUUAUGUAAUUUCUAAGCCCGAAUAAAAAUGCCAUAAUGUGUAAUCUAGACGGUGUAAUCUAAUAAAAAAUGGCAACUUGUCAUAGCUGAGGAGUGCUGCAGUUGAAGUGUAGCUGAUCUCUAACAUCACACGCUCUGUAUCAACAUCAGUAUUAUUAGUAAGAGGUAUUUUCUCAGCCUUCUUAAACAUUGUAUAUUGUAAAUUAUACAGAUUAUAAUUCUAACAUAAGACAUUUUAUUGGAAACAAAAUCGAGAAAAAAAAGAAGAAAAAAAAAUGUAGUUCAGCCUCGAUGUGUGUUUCAUGUUUCACUGUUUUUUUUUUUCUGUCAAGAAAAAAAAACCUGUUUCUUUGUUUGUUUUCUCUGUUUUUGUUUAAAAGUCCUUUUUCUGUUUGAUCCUUUCCUCCUCUGUUGAGUCCUCUAAAGGAGUUGCUGUGUACUUUUUCUUGUGGUGAUUCCCGUUCUUGUGCCGUGUGCUUCUUCUUUAGACAACACAGAGUAGAGUAGAGGCCAUGUUGUCUGUCUGUCGGAUCAGUCCGCUCGGGGUCUGGGUGCAGGAUUCUCUCCCAAGGAACCGGACUGGAUAUAAGGCUCUUCUUCUAGAAACUUAACUAGAAACACCAAGAUCAAAAUUACAGUAUUCAUCUUUACCAAACUAUACAUAAAUAAUUAAAAUAUUUAGUAUCUAAAUGAAGAAACACCAUACAAGUAUUUAAAAAGGGAUCAUUUGUGUAACUUUCCUAUAGAAUAAACAAUAUACUGUAUAUCUUUAGGUUUAAAUAACGAUGAAAUGAAAAGGACAUUUGAGUAAGUCAGAACUUUAGGUGACUCUUUUUUUGAUAAAUCCGCUGUACAUAACUGCCUUCCACACAGAUCGGCUCAGUCAUUAUCUUUACUGUUUCAGCAGUCAAAAAGAGAAAAUAUGAAGAUGAAAAACUCCCUCGCCUCCCCAUUGUUGUGUCCUGUUUUUCAGCUCAUUUCCUGGAAAAUAUCUUGCUUUACAAAGUAAAAAGUGAUCAGACAGGUGACAGUUAGGACUAAAGGUUUUUGUGGGUUAAUGGGAAAUGUUGAAGAAAAAGCUUGACAUGUUAAGUUUGCAAAUGCUGUUUCUCCUGCACUCAUUAUACUGUGGGACAUGUUUCUGGUUUGGCCCCAGAAUUAAGAACCACAAGGUCAAGUCUCAACGUCCUCUAAUGAAGUUGUUAUUAUACUCAUUGUACUUCUUUAUACACAUUUAUAGAUUUAUAGAUUCUGCGCUACAAAUAGCAUAAAUUCAAAGGUCUUAAACAUUAAUAUAUAAUGUUUUUAAAGAGAAAAUAUACAUACAAAUUAUUUCACAGAUGCAUAAGAGAUAUUUGUAGGUGAAGCCCCUGAUGAGUUGAAUUUCCUAUUUUGAUUGUAACUUCAAACACCGUCUCACACCGAGGAUGGUAUUUCUUGUCUGCUGUACAUGAGUCUACAAAGAACAUAUGAAAGAAAGGUGCUCUUUUCUUACUAUUGUUUCUCUUCUGUUAGUUUUUUUAUUUAUUUGUCAGUUGUCAAACCAAUGCUGUGUACUUCUGAACAAUUCAACACAAUGAAAGAUGUUACACAUCUCCCUGAGUUGAAUCGCCAUGGUUUAAAAUUGAGUUAAAUGUCAAAUUCAAGUAAUUCUCUGAAAAAGAUGGUGAGUUGGGUCCUGCCAAAAAUGCUGCCAUCUUGAUCACCGAAUAAAAGCAGGUCUGCUGCUGCUGCUGUUGUUUUUGUACUUCAGAUGGCUAAAAGAGAACAAAUCUACCAGUUAAAAUCUGGAGGGAGAUUGUGUGAUGCUUUCACAGGUUUUGACACAACUUGCUUUUUUAGUUAAAAAGCAAUAUUUUAAUGACUGUACAAUGACGAGACAAGAUUUGCACUUGUUUUUGUUGGGUUACACACCCAAAUGCUGUUGUGUAGCUAUAAAAAUUAUCCUGAAAUUAGUGUUAAAACCGUAUAAAUGACAACAAACCAAACUGGUAUUUUCUGUGAGGAGCGUUGGAAGGACUGUCUGGGUUUUUGCAGAGCCACUGAUAAAAAGAGUUUAACCUGGUUGCACUUUGGCCACCAUGUUGUUGCCCUCAUCUGGAACUCAGAUCCUUUAGCUGCGAAUACUCUGUAUAACAAUAAUUUAGCUGGGACAGAAGGUUACUUAGACAACAAUGGUUGCCCCUGAAAUCUGCUAAGGCCAAACUGUGUCUAUUUACAGCUCUACAGUGUGUAGUCAUUUAGUUGUAUUUAAUCCCCAAAUGUAACUGCCACUUGUGCUGCAGUUAACCCUGCAGUCUGAAUUUGCAAAUGUGAAGAAAAUAUUCAAGGGAGAGAGAAAGAUGACACAUUUGGAUACAAAGGAAAUUUAAUGAGCUGGAGAAGAGUUGUGUACGAGAGAAGACCCUGUAGUGUAAUUAAAACAUGUCUGUAGAUUUUAGAUGUGCUUCACAUCAGUAAAUGAAAAAAAAACAAUAAUCUGUAUAUUUUUGUGACGUGUAUCAUACAAGUGUGCUCCAACAAUAAUGUCCAUUUGUGUAAAUGUAUUUAUUUCACAUUGUAUAUAUUGUUCAAUGCAAAAAGAGAGACCUAUGAUUCUGUAACUUAAACUACUAUGGGUUGAAACAUUACAUGUGUUACUCCAGACUAUGCCUUUCAGGAUUAUUACAGUAGAGCAAUAUCAAUUAAAACCAGGCUUCCAGUUUUGA